AUGAGUAAAAUUUCAGAAUCCGGAGUUGUGAUAGAUGGAAUUGACGUCAAAUUCCCCUUCUAUCCGUACAGGUGUCAAAGAUCUUACAUGGAACAUGUAAUAAAAACAAUAAAAGAGUCCAAAAAUGCCUUACUUGAGUCCCCAACGGGAACUGGUAAGACGCUAUCGCUAAUUUGCUCAACACUGGCAACCUUGCUGUGGAAUAAAAUGGUUAAAAAAGUCAAGAAAACAAAAGAUGAUGUGGUUAAACCAAAAACUGUAAAAGAGGAAGUGAAGGAAGAGGAAAUAGAAUAUGGAACAGUUAAACCAGAACCAGUAGAAGAAGACUUAGAUAAAAAAAUUGUAGAUUAUAGGCCACUUUCGGUUUUAGAUGAUGAAAAAAAGUCGGAAAUAAAACCAGAAAGAAUUAAAAUAAUGUAUGCAUCAAGAACACAUUCCCAACUUAAACAAGUAGUGGGUGAGGUUGAAAAAACUGAAUAUAGUAGGCAGUUCAACCUGAGAGGAUUGAAGGGAGUUUUAUUGGCAUCCAGAGAUCAAUUGUGUAUCAAUCCCUUAAGGGGUAAAAUGACAGGAGAAGUUCUUGCAAACUUUUGCAAAGCAUUAGUACAAGAACGAAAAUGUGAAUAUUUUAACACUAUGAGAGGAGAUAAAAACUCAAAGCAGUUUCAGUUCGAACGUCUAAUGGAUAUAGAAGAUAUGGUUGAAACUGGAAAAAACAAACACUUUUGCCCAUAUUUCUCAGUCAAAGAAGGCCAGGAACAUGCAGACCUUAUACUCCUUCCAUAUAACUAUCUCCUUUCACCAGAUAUUAGAGAUGCAGUGGAUAUCGAUAUUAGAGAUUCAAUCUUAGUAAUAGAUGAAGCACAUAAUGCUGAACAAGUUGCCGAAGAGGGAGCAUCAUUUGAAAUUAAGCAAACUGACAUAGGAAAAUAUAUUGAAACACUGAAAAGAUUUGGAAUCUUUUAUAAAGAUUAUAUAUCCGAAGACCCAACCAGAAUUAAUGAGAAUGAAAUCGAUUUUUCAAUUCUAAAUUCAAUUGGGUUAAGCCUUCAAUAUACAGACGAGUUCCUAACUGGUAUUACAUUGUUAAACAAUGAAAGCUUUGAUAUUAGGAGAGACUCAAAAGAUCAUAUAGGAACGCGUUGGGUAAUUAAAGAGCUGAACAAAGAUCAUUUAGUCUAUGGAGGUCAGAGUGUCCUUGAUUAUAUGAACGGGAAAAUGGAGUAUGAUAAACUAAAGGAAGUGGAUGUUGAAAAUACAAUAAACAGAGUGGUUGUAAUACUAACCAAAGGAACAAUUGAAGACAGCAAACAUGAAGAGGUUUUUAAGAAACACUAUAGCGAUAGGACCUUGAAAGAAGAUUGCAUUUUGCUGACAAUGUUAAGGAAAUUCAUUAGCAUCCUAUUAUCCCCUGAAGUAAACGACUACCCCCAGUAUUACAACGUUAUAAUUACAAACGAUGAGAGGUUUGAAAAACUAAAGAAAACCAAUAUGGACGAUAUUAAAUCAUAUGGAUGGAAUAAGAAAUUUAAGAGGGAUGAGUCUAGGUUUGAACUGAUUAAAAGACGUGAAGAUAACACAGAAAUCAUACCCAAGGUUUUCUGGUUCAAGUGUUUACAGCCUGUACCAACAUUUGUAAGGUUGAAAAAUGCUGGAGCUAGGUCAAUAAUACUGACUUCUGGAACUUUGGGACCAUUGGAUGUUUUGGAGAGACAUUUAGGUGGAGGACAAGUUAAGUUCGACAUUAAGCUCCAAAAUGAGCAUGUAAUAGACCCGUCCAGAGUCUGGGUAGGGUCAAUAAGUGGAAAUGCAGAAGAUCCAAAUAUGUUAUCCUCAACAUUUAACACUAGAAAUAAAAUGAAUUAUAUCACUGAAUUAGGAAAUGCAGUUGUAUCCUUUGUAAAGAAUGUACCCGCAGGAGUAUUGGUCUUUUUCUGCUCUUAUAAUGUGAUGAACUACACAACAUCAGUGUGGAAGAAGAUUGGUAUUUAUAGCAAAAUCGAAAUGUAUAAAAAGGUUUAUCUGGAGGCAAGGCCUGUUGAAAAUCCUGAAGAUAGCGAUGUGGUACCGGUUACCACUAUGGAUAUCUUCAAUAGAUAUAAGGAGAAUAUAGACAAGGGGAAUGGGUCGGUGUUUUUUGCAAUAUGUCGAGGAAGAUUAGCUGAAGGUAUUGACUUCAGUGACGAUUAUUGCCGUGGAAUUUUUGUUUGUGGAAUACCAUACCCAAGCAGAUUCGACGACAACACAGCCCUUAAGAUGGACUACCUUGACAAACUCGGACACAAAACCUAUGAAAAAGGAAAUUUAGCCAAUGAUUGGUACACUAGCCAGGCAAUUAGAGCAAUAAACCAGGCAGUUGGAAGGUCGAUCAGGCACAAUCGAGAUUAUGGAGCAAUAUUGUUGGCAGACUAUAGAUUUAAAUACGUUCCAGUGAAACCAAAUUUGAGCAAAUGGGUUUUAAACCGUCUGAAACUUUACAAUAAAAUGGAUGAUUGCACGGAAAGCCUAAGUUCAUUUUUCAAACAGUUUGAAGGAGAAACAUGUAGUCCUGCACGACUGGUAAAGAAGGUCAACUACGACUCGCCAGUUCCAAUAAAAUCCGAGUACAAUACACAAUUUAGGUCAAAUGAAUCUAGUGUAAACAGCAGAUACAAUAGUACGCCCCUGUAUAAGUCAAUGUCGAAUUAUGCCACUUCUAAUAACAAAUUCAACCACUCCUUACUAAGUUGUUUGGAAAAAACUAGGACUUCUCAGUUCAGUUCACCUAAUCCUAGAGUUAAAGAUGGGCCCUUUUCAUUUAAAUCGCCAAAUAAGUCGAAUUUUGGUUUUAAAUACGAAAGACCACCUGAUUCCUGA